UGCCCGCUAGCCAGCCAGAUCUAGGCUAGUAGUAGGAUAGGAGGUUUUUCGCCGUUUUCACGUUGGGCAAUGUUGGUGCAUCGGUUAGUUUGAGUGAACCUUGUAAGCAGCGCACAGCCUAUUAUGUAUGGGUGACUAACACGUGAUAUAAGGAUCUCGGAGAACAUGUCCUCUGCAGUCGACAGAUUAGUAAGGAGUGGAAUUCGUGAUGAUUCUUCCUUGAAGUCAACCUGUCGUGAUGAAAACGCUGAAACAGACGACGAAGACGGUGCAUCCUCACCACGGGAGACUGGCAAUGUCGAGGUCUCUUCUGAAUCCGAGAGUACGGAAAACAACGAAACGCGGGGUAAACCUUUAUCCCGCAAGCCCCGCAGGGCGGAAACUCGUAGAAGUCGCAGUCCCGCAGAUCGUACGAGGGACGCAUCUCGGGACUCAUCAAAGCAGAGGCAUCACACAUCAGACUUGAGGUCAAAAGGGAGGCGCACAGCUGAUAAGUCAUCGAAUGAACUUGACUUCUGGAAGCUAGCCUGUGUCGCUGCCAUUGCAGUAUUCGCCAUCUUCGCCUUCAAGAUGAUGGGACGAAGUGAACCAACCACGGGGCAUUCCCAUCGCGUCGACGUGCUGCUCCAGCACUUGCGCCGCCUGAAGCAGAUGUAUCCGGGACAACCGGAACACAACUGGCAAAUUAUUCGUAGCUCAGCGGUCGAAGUACUCAAUGGCAGCGAAGCCCAGCACGGACCCGCUGUCCUACUCAUACUCGCGCCACCGCACAAUGAGAACCUGGCAAAACGCAUUGGGAGCGAGGUGGCCCUCGCGUUAUCGUACGCCUUUCAGGAUGGCGGAGCCUACGGAGAGAUAAGCCUGGACGACCUCACGUUCUCCGAGGACGUCAUAGCUGCUAAACACAUCAUCGAUAGGAGGUGCAAGUCGACCUUCGAGGAGAAGCGGCAGCACGUGAUCUUGGCGCCGCACAUCGAGAGCUGGAAUCCGGAACUCGCCAUGAUGCUGCACCCGCUUUGCGACUACGAGAAUCCGUUGUAUGAAAACGUUGCCAUCGUCUUGACCGCUUUCAGCGAAGAUAUUAUCGGAGAAAUUAGGAGGUUGCAGUACGAUCGGAUGGCAGAGGACGUGCUGAAUAAAGCGUGGGACGUCAUGGACACCAAUCAGAGACACGCCAUCAUCAGCCGCGUCACCGUCAAUGUCAUUGUGUUACACGACGAACGAGAUGGCUUUUCUAGUGUGGACAAACAAUGAGUAAUUUAACUUACUGCCCCCUUUUGGAAUGUUGAGAGUACCUAUGGUGCGUUUGCCACCUUUGAGAUGUGUUCUUAUUGAACUAAUACACACGUUGAUGUUGGAA